CGUCACAGUCAGAUAGUUGGAGAGCUGCUUCCUCUUUUUCAAAAAGCACCUCAGUGCCUCUACGUGUUCUCAGAAAGAAAAGCUGCAGGAACCUGAGAGUAGGAAAGUCUCAGAGGUUGAAAACUUGCUCUGCUGCGUAAAACUAUCAGAGGAGAUGCACCUGUUGCUGCCUUUCAGCCUGGGGUUCAUCCUGGGGACAUCUGCUCUGAAAGUCCUGGACUCAAAAGCAGAGCUGCAGGACAGCCACUUUGGACGGCCCCCUCCUCGCCAUGGCCUCAAGCUGCUAGUGUGGUACGUUCAGGCUUGCCUGGACAACAACAUGAAGGCACUGUGUGACCCCAUGCAAGGAGAAUAUGGAUUUCACGUUUUUCACAACUCGGGCAAAAAACCUUUACUCCCAGUGAUUCAGGCCAAAACGCCGUACAGAUAUUACACUCUUGGAAAUCUCAACUAUGGCCAUGCUGAGGAGCUACCCUACGAAGUCAGGAAGUACUAUAACCACAGCGACCCUGAAAGCAACAAGGACAGACUGUUGGUGAAACACAACAGCAACAACAGACGCAUUUAUGAGCUCUACGCUUCUGCACAUUAUGAAUCCACAGAAACCUACAGGAUUGGCCCAAAUCUGGUCGCUGCUCUUCGCCAAAGAGGAAAAACUCUAGAGGGGAAAAUGAUUUGUUUUUUCUCUGAUGGAAAAUCGCCUUCAAAUGGCUGUAAGGAUGAGGAGGAUCCCAGACGGAAAGUAGAAAAAGAAGUCUUGAUUUGAGGAGGUUAGGGUGAGUGUGUGUGUGUUUCUGCAUGUGUGUGUGCGUGUGUGUUUGUGCAUGUGUGUGUGUGUGUGUUUUUGUGCAUGUGUGUGCGUGUG